UUUCAAACAUUAUUAUCUUCCCGCUAUAAUUCAUCAACAUAAAGCUUUCCUUUCCAAAUCUCAUGAUCCAUAACCCAAACCAACAAAUCCCCCCCCCCUUCCCACAACGCUCUGCCCCCUCUACCUCCCCCUCUCCCUCACACCCCUCUCCUCCGACUCCCACCACGCCCCGAACUGCACAUCCCUCGAACCUCAGCCAACACCGGCUGUCACAUCUGCACUUCCAUCCGCCGCGCCUCCGCCGUCCCACCCUCUGUCAACCGCUUCAGUCUCGCGCUAAAAGAAGCGGGACGAAAAGAAGGGGUCUGGCUUCUUUGGACGGGAGAGGUGAGGACGGGAGUUAUUGUUGCGGAGAGGUGUGCUUGUAGGAGAGAGGUGGUUAAGGCCAAAGGCUGGCCAUCGCCCUCUUCAAUUUUGGACGGCCGACCGCGAGCCAGG